CUGGAGCAGGCACAGUUUGUGCAGUCAUCAUCUUCUACAGCAGCCUUGCUAGCAGCCACCAUGGCUGGGAUUGUACAUUGCAUAUUAUUUUCUGUGCUCUUUGGUGUAUGUUCUGCAGUUACAGGAUCUAGGAUUUACCCAGCAAGUGAAGUGACCCUUUUGGACUCAAGAUCAGUACAGGGGGAACUAGGCUGGAUAGCAAGCCCUUUAGAAGGAGGGUGGGAAGAGGUGAGCAUCAUGGACGAGAAAAACACUCCUAUACGCACGUAUCAAGUUUGCAACGUUAUGGAGCCAAGUCAGAAUAAUUGGUUACGGACUGACUGGAUUGGUCGCAAUGGGUCACAAAGAGUAUAUGUAGAGAUAAAGUUUACUUUGAGGGACUGCAAUAGCUUACCAGGGGUGAUGGGCACUUGUAAGGAGACCUUUAAUCUAUAUUACUAUGAGUCUAACAAUGACAAGGAACGUUACAUCAGAGAAACACAGUUUGUAAAAAUUGACACUAUUGCUGCAGAUGAAAGUUUCACCCAAGUGGACAUUGGUGACCGUAUUAUGAAGCUCAACACAGAAGUUAGAGAUGUUGGGCCCCUAAGCAAAAAAGGCUUCUACUUGGCCUUCCAGGAUGUUGGAGCAUGCAUUGCUCUUGUGUCAGUUCGUGUCUUCUUCAAGAAGUGUCCUUUUACCGUUAGAAACCUAGCACAAUUUCCUGACACAAUCACUGGGUCUGAUACAUCUUCAUUGGUGGAGGUCCGUGGUUCCUGUGUUGACAACUCAGAGGAGAAAGAUGUGCCUAAGAUGUACUGUGGGGCUGAUGGCGAGUGGCUGGUACCCAUUGGUAACUGUCUGUGCAACUCUGGGUAUGAAGAACGUAAUGGGAGAUGUCAAGCCUGCAAAACUGGAUUCUACAAAUCCCACUCAACAGAUGCAGUCUGCUCCAAGUGUCCCCUGCACAGCUACGCACUCCGGGAGGGCUCAACCUCUUGCAGCUGUGACCGUGGCUAUUUUCGAGCGGACAGUGACCCUGCUUCCAUGCCAUGCACUCGUCCACCAUCGGCUCCUCAAAACCUGAUUUCCAACGUCAAUGAGACCUCAGUGAAUUUGGAAUGGAGCUCACCACAGAACACUGGAGGAAGGCCAGAUGUUGCGUAUAAUGUGGUGUGUAAGAGGUGUGGUCCUGACCUGACUAGAUGUCGGCCUUGCGGAAGUGGAGUCCACUAUAGUCCCCAGCAGAGUGGUCUGAAAACAACUAAGGUCUCCAUCACGGACCUGCAGGCUCAUACCAACUACACCUUUGAAAUCUGGGCUGUGAAUGGUGUUUCCAGACAGACGCCCAGUCAGGACCAGGCUGUGUCAGUCACCGUGACAACCAACCAAGCAGCUCCUUCAACUGUGACUCAAAUCCAACCCAAGGAAAUCACCAGACACAGUGUGUCAUUAUCUUGGCCUGAACCCGAGAGAGCCAACGGAGUCAUCUUAGAGUAUGAAGUAAAGUAUUAUGAGAAGGACCAAAAUGAUCGCAGCUACCGCAUUGUAAAGACAGCCACACGAAAUGCUGACAUCAAAGGGCUUAAUCCUUUGACUACAUAUGUAUUUCACGUUCGAGCUCGGACUGCAGCAGGAUAUGGAGAGUUUAGCGGACCCUUUGAAUUCACCACUAAUACAGUUCCUUCGCCUAUGAUCGGUGAAGGAGCCAGCCCCACUGUUCUUUUGGUUUCCGUGGCAGGCAGCAUCGUGCUUGUGGUUAUUCUGAUUGCUGCUUUUGUCAUCAGUAGAAGGCGGAGCAAAUACAGCAAAGCAAAGCAGGAAGCUGACGAGGAGAAGCAUUUAAAUCAAGGUGUGAAAACGUAUGUCGACCCAUUCACCUACGAGGAUCCAAAUCAGGCAGUGCGUGAAUUUGCAAAGGAAAUUGAUGCUUCUUGCAUCAAGAUUGAAAAAGUUAUUGGUGUAGGAGAGUUUGGGGAAGUCUGCAGUGGGCGUCUGAAGGUUCCUGGAAAACGUGAGAUAUAUGUAGCAAUUAAGACUUUGAAAGCUGGUUACACAGAUAAGCAGAGGAGGGACUUUCUUAGUGAAGCCAGCAUCAUGGGCCAGUUUGACCAUCCCAACAUUAUUCACCUUGAAGGCGUUGUGACCAAAUGCAAGCCGGUGAUGAUUAUCACAGAAUACAUGGAGAAUGGAUCAUUAGAUGCAUUCCUGCGGAAAAAUGAUGGCCGGUUCACAGUCAUCCAGCUGGUGGGGAUGCUCCGCGGCAUCGGCUCCGGGAUGAAGUAUCUCUCUGAUAUGAGCUAUGUGCACCGAGACUUGGCUGCUCGUAACAUUCUAGUAAACAGCAAUUUAGUGUGUAAAGUCUCUGACUUUGGCAUGUCCCGUGUGCUAGAAGAUGAUCCAGAGGCCGCCUAUACCACCAGGGGAGGUAAGAUCCCAAUAAGAUGGACUGCACCAGAGGCCAUUGCAUAUCGGAAGUUCACAUCGGCCAGUGAUGUCUGGAGCUAUGGAAUAGUCAUGUGGGAAGUCAUGUCCUAUGGAGAGAGGCCUUAUUGGGACAUGUCCAAUCAAGAUGUUAUUAAAGCUAUUGAAGAAGGAUACCGCUUGCCCCCUCCUAUGGACUGCCCCAUUGCUUUGCAUCAGCUUAUGCUAGACUGUUGGCAAAAGGAGCGUAGUGACCGGCCAAAAUUUGGACAGAUUGUUAGUAUGCUGGACAAGCUCAUCAGAAAUCCAAACACGUUAAAAAGGACAGGAGCAGAAGGCUCAAGAACAAACACUGCUUUGCUGGACCCUAGUUCACCUGAGUGGUCCCAGGUGGUUUCUGUGGUAGACUGGCUACAGGCCAUCAAAAUGGAAAGAUACAAAGAUAACUUUACAGCAGCUGGAUACACCAGCCUGGAAGCAGUUGUGCAUGUGAAUCAAGAUGAUCUAACCCGGAUUGGCAUUACUUCUCCCGCACACCAGAACAAGAUUUUGAGCAGUGUCCAGGGGAUGCGGACCCAGAUGCAACAGAUGCAAGGCAGAAUGGUCCCAGUCUGAGAGGGCAGGACAUCGGGGGACGUUACAUGCUCAGAACUCUUGAAAAAUUAGUUUACCUCAUCCAUGCACUUUAAUUGAAGAACUGCACUUUUUUACAUUAUCCUCACUCCUGGGAAAAAAAAGACUGCCAAUUACCAGGGGAUCGAGGAGAAAUCCAUUAAACACAAAAAGAAAAAAAAAAUCAUUUGUGCCACACCUGUAGAUCAUGCAUUGGCAAGAUAAGGACAUAGUUUAUAGUAUACAGGACUCUAACAUGUUUGGUUUUCUGGUGAACUGCUUGGUGAAGCUGAUUUACAAGACUUUACACAUCUGCCCAUAGAUAUUUUUUUACUUUUGACAUGUGCAUCUUGUACGGACAUCUUUAUGGAAUGAGCCUAAACAUUGCUUCAUCACUGUGGUGAAGGGAAAUAGCUUGAAAAAUGCUGCCGAAAAUAUAGACCAGUGGAGGUGGGUUUUUAUCAUCAGAAUGUGGACUGUUUCUGUGGGAAUUUGCUGGCUGUGAGACUGAACAAUUUGGCAACACCUGGUGUCUGAUGAAAAUGGAAAUAUACAAGUCCUUAUAAGCAUCUGCUGUAGAGGAGGAUAGAA